GCAACAACAACAAUUUAAUUUAGUAGUUUUGCAUAAUUUCUGUAUUAAAUAAAUUAAAAUCAUUAUGUAUUCGUCUUGGCGUGUAAGUGAACUAAAAGCUGAGCUAACGAAAAGAGGCGCAUCGCUUAGAGGAAGAAAGGCAGAAUUAGUCGAAAGAUUGGAACUUUACGACCGGAACUUUAAUUUUGGAAGUGCAGAGAAUCAGUCCGAUGACGAUGCAAUGGAAGUUCCUGAUGUUAGGACAUAUCGGGACAUAAAUGCGACUUCAUUGUUACCUCAUUUAACCCAAACUCACAUACGACAGUAUUUUUGCUUUGAUGACAAGAAAAUUAAAGAAGCUAAGGCAUUGUAUGAGUCCCGAUACCUUGUUUUGGCAAGAGUGUCAAAUGUGGGGGAAAAUACCUUCAUCAAAGGAUAUUGCAAGAAAACUAUGAAGCAGCUGCAGUAUGAAGUGAAUUUAAAGCUUCACAAAAGUGGAAUACCACAGGAAUCGAACUGUGAGUGCCCGGCGGGAAGUGGGACAGAAGCAAAAUGCAAGCAUGUUGCUGUACUGCUUCAUGGAGUGGAACAUAUGGUGCAUAAUAAAAUAUUACUUUUACACCAAGUCUGCACCCAAAAACUUCAAGACUUUCACAUGCCCAAAACACGUUUUACUUCUUCUCCCAUAGCAGCUCACCAAUUACCUAGAAAUAAGGCAAAAAAAAGAUUUUGUCCUUUCCCCAUACAAAAAGUAGAUUAUAUCUGA